AUGGCAGAGGUCGGUCAGCGGCUGGGGAGCGGAGCUUACCGGCUGUCCGCUCUCAGAAACAGCCAGAAUCGGUCGGUGCGCACCGGAGAAAGUCCCGGUUCUCUGCUGGUCAGCUGCUCCUGCACUGACAGCCGGUUAAAGGAUGAAUCCACGCGGGAUCACCGUGAGGUUGUCUCAAAAAACAAGCGCAAAUCGGAGAAAGUUUCCAGAGUGAGAGCAGGUGGAAGUCAACAGGAGAGUGAAGCUUUGAGUGGUGCCACUUCUCUGGACCCGGAUUCAUCCCGGUUCCUCAGUCUGAGAGCUCAGCUCCUCCCUGCAGGCCUGCAGCCUCUCCUGCAGGAGAAGCUGCUGCCUGGCAGGAGGACCUCCUGGACCAGAGGAGCUGUUUGCAUCCACCCCGACACCUUCAGGUCCCCUCAGCAGCUGAGAUCUUUCUGCACCGUGAUCUUCAUCGUGGCAGAGCCCGGCUCAGAGGGACGGAGGCGCCUGAGACUCCUGCACCCCGACUCCCUGAGAGCCCCCAGCAGGAGCUACCGCUGGAGGAGGGACAGCAACCCAAAGGAGGCUCCUCCGCUGUACAGGAGCAGGACGGCCUACUACGACAUCCUCAGCGUGUCCCCCGGAGCCACACAGUCCCAGAUCAAGACGGCCUACUACAAGCAGUCCUUCAUCUACCACCCCGACAAGAACCAGGGGGACCAGGAGGCCCCGCUGCGCUUCUCUGAGAUCAGCGAGGCCUACAUGGUGCUGGGCAACAUCAGCCUGAGGAGGAAGUACGACCGCGGCAUCCUGAGCGGAGCAGACAUUCAGGGAGCAGGGAGGCCCUCCUCCAAGGAGGCCCCCAGCAGGUCCACAGGCUCCUCACAGCAGCAAACCAGAGCAAGGAGGUUCUCCCAGGCUGGAGGGAAGACCAUGUUUGAUUUUGACGCCUUUUAUCGGGCUCACUACGGCGAGCAGCUGCAGAGGGAGAAGGACAUGAGAGCCAGGAAGGAGUACAUGGAGCAGCAGCAGAAGGAGAAGAAUAAAGCGUGGAAUAAUGAGAAGAUGAUAGAGAUCACUGUAGUGAUGCUGCUGGCCAUGGGGGCCGUGCUCCUGGUCAACGUCAGCAAACCCUGAAAUAGACCCGCGUGCCUCUGUGGGGUUGAUGUUACAACUCUCAGGGGUGCAGGAGGAGGAGGGGGAGGAGCAGGUGGAGGAGGUGCUACCUCAGACUGUUUUGCAAGUGUUGCACAGUUCCUGUUAGUUAGUUGAUUCUCUCUGGUGUGUUGCAGGAGUGAACAGAGCGCGCUGCAGCUGACGAUUGUUGUCAUAGUUGAUUAAUCUGUUGAUUAUUUUCUGGAUUCAUCGAUUCGUUCUUCGGUCUAUUAAAUGUCAGAAAACGGUGAAAAAUGACAAUUGCCGUUUCCCAAAAGCCCCACAAGAAGUAACAACGUCUUGUUUUAUUUUGUCCACAACUCAAAGAUCUUCAAUUUACUGUCAAAGAAGAAUAAAGAAAGCAAAAGUUUCACAUUUAAGAAGCUGGAAUUAGAGAAUAUUGAGUUGUUUUUUUUCCACUUUAUAAACCAAAUAGUCAAUAAUCAAAAUAGUUGUCUCUUAAUUUAAUAGUUGACAACUGAUCAAUUAAUUGAUUUCUCUUUGCAGUUUGACAAGAGAGCAACUGAACAUGUUAAUUUUCUUCAUGUCUAGGAUCUAAAAAGCAUAAAUGUGCAUACACUUACCUCCAGAGGGCUUUUGAUGCAUCAAAACACAGAAACAACACAGAACAGGAUGUUUGAUUAUUUAUGUCAGUUGCAGUGAUUGGAGCGUGUAGCUCAUUUGAGAGUUUUAAAACCACCGAAUGUAAGGGUGAAUAUCAUAUUUCAUGCUUUCCAACAUUUUAUUUAUGAUGAAAUUCUCAACAUUUGUCCAACCAGUUGCAACACUGUCUGAAGCCAAACAACUUUUUUUUUUUUUGGCAGCUUAAACACUUCUUUUAAUCCGAAUGCUGCACAAGUAGGGCUGGGCGAUAUCCUGAUAAUAAUAGGUGGGUCAUUUCAUAAAUCCUGAUAAAUUAAUAGGCUACAGGAAAUAACAACAUGAUACAUUUUGUAUACUCCAUGUGAAAGGAUCAGAAAAUAAAUUGUACUUCAAGUGAAGUAAAUAUUGCCAUAGUGCAGUUUGGCAGCUGUUUUUUUUAACAUUGCAAUUGAAAGAUAUUCAUUUUUGACAAAAUAUAUAUCGCCCAGUCCUGUGCACAAGGUUAGAAAAAUGAAAAGUAUCAUGCUGAUCAACGCACAAUCCCUCCACCUGUACACUGAAUCUGUAGAAACUUUGAAAUGGAAAAUAAAUUAUGAUAAUAAUUAAGUAUGUAUAUGCGGUUGUACUGUACAUACUAAUGGCCAUUUAUGUUAAAUAGUUUAUUUUGUGCAAAGGAAACAAUUAAAAACUAUUAUAAAGCUG